AUGUCUCAAACACAUUCUGCUGCUUCUGCCAGUAAUACAGCAACCACACGAUCGGAACAAAGAAAAAAAGAAUUUUCCAAAACAUUGGUUCUUUCUAUGGGAAGAAAUCAUUGUCAUCAAUUAGGGUUUAGCAAUCAAAAUGCACAAUCAAUAUACUAUCCAAAAUAUUUAAAUCCAACACUGAGAAUGAAUGGAUUAGAAGAGGGUUAUGAAAAGGUAGAACACGUUUAUUGUGUUAGUAAUGAUACACGUGGAUAUUCAGUUUUCUUGACAAGUAGUAGAAAACACUUGUUUGUUUGUGGAUCAACUCAAAAUUUGAAAAAGAAAAAGAAGAAACAACAACCAGAUGAAUUAUUUCCUGAAACAACUGCUCCAACCAAGUUACCAUUUGUUUGGAAAGAUUCAGAGGAUUUUAUAGAUAAGAUAACUCUUGGAAGUGAGCAUUUAUUUGUAUUAACAAAUAAGGGUAAAAUUUAUGGACUCGGGUCAAACAAAUGUUUUGAGUUGGGUCUACCUAAGGAGAGAAUGUACGAUCAACUUUCAAGGAUCACUAUUAAUAAUGGUGAAGUUAUUAGAAAAAUUGUUUGUGGUGAAUCGUGUACAUUCUUUAUUACUUCUGCAAAUUAUGUAUUUGCUUCAGGAUUAAAUAAUUAUGGUAAACUAGGAACCUAUAAUGCCAAAGAUGUGAUAACUGUGCCACUAAUGCUUCCAACUAUGAAUAAUAUUGAGGAUAUAUAUUGCGGAUCUUCACAUACUAUUUUUAAGAAGACAGAUGGAUCAUUGUAUGGAUGUGGUAAUAAUUUACUUGGUCAACUAGGAUUGGGUUCAACUGAACUACAUGCUGGACCUGUUCUUAUAGAACCAUUCACAGAUCAAGAAAUUGUCUCUGUAAAAUGUGGAGAAAAUUUCACAAUGUUUUUAAAUGCAUCAGGUGAAGUAUUCGUAACAGGAUAUUUCAAUUUUUCAACAACUCCACAUUUAGACGAUUCUGAAAAUAUGACCAGUUGUAGACCAAUUAAGAUUACCUAUUUCGACUCGAAGAAUGUUUUAAUUACAUCCAUAGAAUGUGGUUCAGAUGUUGCUUACUUUACAACUCACAAUGGAGAUGUUUAUGGAGCUGGAGCUAAUAGCUAUGGUGCCCUAGGUCAUAUUGAGCAUAGCAAGUAUGCUGAUAGUGAAGAUGAAGAGAAUUGGUUCGACAGAGAUGAUGAGUCCUUCAGAGUUAUUCAAAGAAUGGAAUGCUUUGAUGACUUUAAAUAUUUAACAACUCAAGGAUGGAAAGUAUGUUCUUCACCAUUCUCUGAUUCUGCAUUCUUUAUCAGAAUUCCAAAUGUUAGAGUUGAAAACUUCCUUAAGAAUCUUAUGAAUGGAUCCUAUUCGGAUGUUUCUUUCAAUUUUUAA